AUGGCUUCCACCGGUGAAAAAAAGAUUGAUGCCCCUGCCGAUCUGGAAGGAAGGAAUAUCACGACUUCGCCAUCAUCCAGUAGUGAUGCAGAGGCGGUCGGUAUCAACGAAAAGUCCCUACUACGCAAACUAGACUAUCGAUUGCUUCCCCCAUUAACGCUACUUUAUUUACUAUCCUUUCUGGAUCGAAGCAAUGUUGGAAAUGCGAAACUGGAGGGAAUGACCACCGAUAUCAAAAUGACCGGAGACCAAUACCUCACUGGGCUUACGUUGUAUUUCAUCGGCUACGUUCUAUUCGAGGUUCCAUGCAACAUCGUUCUCAAAAAGGCAUCGCCAAGAACCUGGCUCCCAACCCUGACCUUGAUUUGGGGCAUAGUCGCAACUCUGUUGGGAGUUGUCCAGAACUACUCCGGGUAUCUUGCUUCGCGAUUCUUCCUUGGCGUUGCAGAAAGCGGACUGUUCCCGGGUGUGGUUUACUAUAUCUCGAUGUGGUAUAAACGGAAUGAGCAGCACUAUCGAAUUAGUCUAUUUUUCAGUGCCGCGAGUCUUGCGGGUGCUUUUGGUGGGAUUCUGGCUUGGGGAAUUGGACAUAUGAGUGGUGUGGGAGGAUAUAGUGGAUGGCGAUGGAUCUUCAUUCUGGAAGGACUCGUGACUGUCAUCGCUUCUGUUGUCGCCUAUUUCUGGGUAUACAACUACCCAUCGACGGCGGAAUUCCUGUCUCCUGCGGAGCGGGAAUUCAUUCAAUUCCGCUUGAAGAAUGAUAACGAUGCCACGCGAGAUGAGAGCUUCACCUGGUCCGCUGUGCUGGAUGCAUUCAAGGAUCCAAAGGUGUGGCUAUACUGUUUGGGCUUCCAUACAAUGUCGCUACCACUGUACACACUAUCUCUUUUUCUGCCGACUAUUAUUAAAGAGCUUGGGUACUCAGCCGCUCAAGCACAGCUGCUCUCCGUUCCUCCAUACGCCGUCGCUUUCAUUCUCACGCUGAGCGUCGCUGUAGCAUCGGAAAAGCUGCGCAUCAGGGCACCCUUUAUCAUGGGUACGUCGGCUCUCGCCUGCAUCGGCUAUAUCCUCUUGCUCUCCGACCAUAGAGCCGGUGUGUCCUAUUUAGGCACCAUCUUCGCUGCCGCGGGUAUAUAUCCGUCGGUUGCUAUCGUGUUGUCCUGGCCGGCGAACAAUGUUUCCGGGCAAACGAAACGUUGUAUUGCGAACGCGCUACAGAUCAGUGUUGGCAAUAUUGGAGCCGUGAUUGGGACUCAAUUGUACCGGACUGAAACCAGCCCGCGCUUUUUCCUUGGACAUGGGUUUGCGCUAGGAUAUUUGGUCGCAAAUAUUUUUGUUGUCGGAAUUUUAUGGGUUGUGCUGCGGCGAGAGAAUGCCGGGAAGGCUGUGGAAAUGGAGGCUAAGGGGUUGAAGCCGUUUGGCGAGGAUAUCAGGGAUGGAGAGGGUGAGUUCUUAGGUGAUAAGGAUCCACGGUGGAUUUUCCAAACAUAG